AUCACCGUCUCCCACGCAGUCCGAUUUUAGUACAAAAUCUAUGUGAAGUCAUAGUACGUUCUUUUCAGUAUGUCUUCAGUAGCAGCAAGCAACCGUGCUAGUGAAAUGUGGAACAAUAGUGUCGAUGUGAACAACCAAAGUGCCAGACAAAACAAACAUUAUAACUAUAGGCCGUAUCCCGUGGUGUCACCCAAUCUUUACAAUUACCAAAAUGACUAUUACUCUCAAAAUUGUGAAUAUCCUAACCCCCUUCAUAAUGGUUACGGUGGUAAAACGUAUGGAAAUGACAAUCAGUGUAAUGGAAUAGUGAAAACGGAGCCAGGUAAUUUUCAUAAUUAUCCUCAAAAUUAUGUUACUGAAAAUAUGAACGAAGAAAUGAUUCAUAGAUGGCGAGAAAUGAAUUAUUACACACAACAACAGUACAAUAACUACGGGUAUGAUCAAAGACUGAAUCAAGCAAUUAAUCAUAACAUAUUAGACAAUAAGAGUGAAGAAGGUAGGCCUGUUAAUUCACCUGGUCAGUGCAGCAUUCCAGAGACCAGCUACGGUUCACCUCACAGCUCCUCCAGUCACAUGAAAUCUGCAUCUCCCGAAAGUGAAGAUUCUCCAAAUCUACGAGCUUUAUUAACGAAACCACAGAGUAAAAAGUCGGUUCCGUAUUUCGUCAAAUGUGAUAAGUCAUUUGGACAAGAAAUAAAUAGAAUUAUGUUUAACACAGAUGAGAUUAGUGAUUGGGAAAAAAAUAAUGAGAAAUUAACGGAAAAGGAAUGCAAUUUAUCGCAAUUUCAUGGUGGAUUCGAAAGCAGCGAAGGUCAAGUUGUGAAGAGUAAGUCUACCGUGGGUGUGGCUGGUACGAAAGAAGCACCGUCAUCUCUGGAGCCUGCGCCGGAGCCCUGUCAUGACGUGACGAGGGUCGCGGCAGGCGGGGACAAUGCGGAUUACGGAGAGAACAAGAUGGCCGCUGCAUCCGAUGCACAAGCAUUUUAUCCAUGGAUGAAAGGCGUUGGUGGCGAUGAUAAAAAAGAAGGAUCGAAAAGAACGAGACAGACCUACACGAGAUUCCAGACGUUGGAAUUGGAAAAGGAAUUCCAUUUCAAUAAAUAUCUUUCAAGAAGACGAAGAAUAGAAGUAUCUCAUGCACUAGGAUUGACAGAAAGGCAGAUCAAGAUAUGGUUUCAAAACAGAAGAAUGAAAGCUAAGAAAGACGGCAAGUUAACGACUUCUCCAGAUCCAUACGCAAACGAAGAUAUGGGUAUGACAAAAUUGAGCAAUUUACCUGAUUAUGUAGAUUCUAGACAACAAAUUCCAGGACAUAUUGAAAUUCCUAAUUACCACAAUGUAGGAACAAUACCAAACUCAAUGAGUCACAUGCCUCCAAAUAUGUCUCAAAAUUGCAUGAUACCUCCUUACGGUACUAUGAUGCCGAAAAUAUGACCCAAAACAAAAUUACAAAAUACUUUAUUUGUAACAUACCUAACUGGCACAUAUAUCUUUAUAUUUAAUAUUGAGUAAUGAUUAUAAAUCUAUAAAUAUAGAAACGAGAUGAUUUUAUG